AAGGAAAAAAAAUAGAAAUCCUACUAAUUCUAUAAUACUUCCAACCCCCAAAAUAGAUCAUAAUUAAAAAAAAAAGGAUCAUGUUCUACAUCGAUACAUGGAUCUGGGCGGCCUUCUGCUAUCUUUGUGGGUGGAUUGGGCUCUUUAGCAUGCUGAGCUAUCUGAUAAUGCAGGCUUUGCAAUGGAUUUCGCUCAAAGUACCGCAAAACCUGCGUAGGAAAUACCACGCGGAGUGGGCGCUGGUGACCGGUGGGAGCAGUGGCAUCGGCAAGGCGAUCGCGGAGAAGCUCGCGCGGCAGGGGAUUAACGUUGUCCUCGUCGCCCUCGGGGAUGCCAUGCUCGCGAAGACCUUCGAGGAGCUCAGCAAACGCCAUCCGAGCGUUAAAUUUCGCAAAGUCGGGAUCGACCUCGGCGACGAGCGGUACGUGACCUACAUGCAGCCCAUUAUCGCCGCCACGGAGGACAUUUACGUCAAUCUGCUGUUUAACAACGCCGGCUACAUCGCCCCCGGGUUUUUCGCGGAUGGCGACUUAAAGAGCCUGCGAUCGAAUUUCGAGUGCAAUGCGGGCUGCUCGAUCGCGAUUACGCAUCAUUUCCUGCGCAAAAUGCUCGCCCGGAAGAGCAGGGGGUUAAUUUCCUUCACCUCCUCCGCGGCCUGUUAUCUGCCCGGCCCCACGGCCACGCUUUACAGCCCCACCAAGGCGUUUUUGACGAGCUUUGCGAGUACUUUGGCGGCCGAGAAUUACGACGCGGGGAUUGACGUUGUGGUAAUUCACCCCUCCCCUGUGGAUACGAACUUUUACAAAACCGAAGGCCCCCUUCUGGGCUCCUUGCAGGCCGCGCAGAAAGCGGCCGCGCUGCCGAUCGACACCGCGAAUCAUAUUUUCGCCUCCGCCGGGCGCAUGACGGUGCGGGAUCAGGGCCUGACCUGCGCGUCCUUCCGUUUAUUAAACAAAAUUAUCGACAUUCAACUGCUUGUUGAGUUGAUCACGCGCUUUGCGUGGAUAAGUGGCGAUCAUAAAAAGCUGGUGCGAUUGUCAAAGAUUCGAAAUUAUGGAAAUGAGAUUUAA